UAUAAUAAACGGGUAGCAGAAUAAUAAGCUGCUGCUUUCUAUUAAAAUCUAUAAAAUAAUGUGAUAUAACUGUUUAUAAAAUAAAAUUACGCACACCUUUAAAACGCACUGCCGAUUAUUAUUCUAAUACAAAUAAAAUAUUAAUAACAGAACUGCUACCAAUAACAACAAUGAUAACAAUAAUCCAUAAAUACGAUAUUAUUAGGGUCAUUUAAUCAUCUUUGGUUUGCUCUAUAUUUGGUUUCUUCGUGCGUAAAAGCGCAGAAGAAGUCACCUGGAAAAAGCUGUGCGUAAAAGUGGACUUCAAAGCCAUUUCGUGACUUCAAAGCUGGUUGGAUGAAGCCAAAAAAAAAAAAAAAAUCUUUCUGCUCCUCGUGUGUUUGAAAAAACCCGAGAAAUGAGAUGUGAUUGAGUUAAACUGCUAUGGCUCCUUGAGCAUUAAGGCAAGAUGCUACUGAGGGCUACCUGGCGUUGUGAUGCAGGAGAGAGAGUACUUGAACGCCGUUAAACUUCACAUGAGAGCCUCUUCUGCUCCAGACUCUAUUUUGUUUUUUUGGUUGUUGUUGUUUUUUCUUUUUCUUUUUUAGAAGAGUGUGUGCAUCUGAAUUUAAGUAACACGCUGCUUUGCGUCCAAUGAUAUCAGAAGAAAGAGAAAAAAAAAGGGAACGAGGGGGGUUAAUCAUUUACGCAGCCACUUAACACGCGGAUGUGUAUUUAUUUACUUAUCAGUAUCAGUCAGUUUCCCUCCCCGCAAGUGCACUUUUGCAUGUCUGAGUACGAUAAGGCAUAACACAAACAAUCCUGCAAUCACUGGAGGCCUCUCAUGGCCAUUAAAAGUCAGUAGUUCAACUGAGGAGUGGUUCUCCAACUCUCAAGUCCAUAUAGGCCUCCUUUCAUCAAGAGGCCCUCGUAAACAUCACUACAGUUAAUAAAGUGUAUUGUGGUCAGUGCAGUCUCAAGGUGCAGCCGCGUGUUUAUCAGCGACAGAAACAAGACACGAACUCCAAACACAGCAGCGGCAGCAGCUGCUGCAGCAGCGGCGGCGGCAGAGUCCGGACUCCGGCUUCAGCCGCAGGGAUGAACAUUUAUGAUCACCUACGUUAUGUUAUUGUUAGUGGGAGGGGAGCACAUGUCUUGUAAGUGAAAUUACGCUCGGCGAAAGGAGGCUAGAGCUGUUUUGUAUUGUUGCCGAUGCCCCGCCUCUGAUGGUAGCCUUAAACCUGGCACCCAGCUAAAACAAACCAAAGCCAGCACCGAGCUCCCACUCAAUCCAAUUAAGGCGGACUUGAGGCGCUCUCCUACGUGUUCAUCUACCAGGAUCGACGUUGAGACAACAGGAACCAGAGGGGCUUUGGCCAAAAAAAAAAAAAAAAAAAAAAAAAAAAAGAGAGAGGAGAGAGAAGGAGAGAUUGCCUUGCCUUCUAAUUUCUCCCUCUCCAGCCUCAGAACAAUGUCGAUGAGCCCUAAGCAUACGACUCCUUUUUCUGUUUCCGAUAUCUUGAGUCCCCUUGAGGAGAGCUAUAAGAAAGUAAGUAUGGAGAAUAACAACUUGGGGGCACCUCUCACUUCUUACCGGCAGCCGCAGGUCUCUCAGGCGGCGAUGCAGCAGCACCACAUGGGCCACAAUGGGACUGUGUCUGCGGCUUACCACAUGACUGCGGCAGGUGUUUCUCAGCUGUCACACACGGCCAUGGGGGGCUACUGUAACGGCAACCUGGGCAACAUGGGCGACCUGCCGUCGUACCAAGACGGCAUGAGGGGCAGCACCACGGCCACCGGCUGGUACGGAGCCAACCCAGACCCGCGCUUCUCCACUAUUUCUCGCUUCAUGGGCUCGUCGUCGGGCAUGAACAUGGGCAGCAUGGGCAGCCUCAGCUCCCUGGCAGACGUGGGUAAAGGCAUGGGCUCUCUGUCCAGCACCCCGAGGAGAAAGAGGCGAGUGUUGUUCUCCCAGGCGCAGGUCUACGAGCUGGAGCGACGCUUCAAGCAGCAGAAAUACCUGUCGGCACCGGAGAGGGAGCACCUGGCAAGUAUGAUCCACCUCACCCCGACCCAGGUGAAAAUCUGGUUUCAGAAUCACCGGUAUAAGAUGAAGAGGCAGGCGAAAGACAAAGUGUCACAGCAGCAGAUGCAGCAGGACAGCGGCUCGUGCCAGCAGCAGCAGCAACAGUCCCCGCGGAGGGUGGCCGUGCCGGUGCUGGUGAAGGACGGGAAGCCGUGCCAAGGCAGCGGCCACACGCCCACAUCCUCCGCACAGACCCACCACCAGCAAGGGGGCAAUGUCAUGAUCAUGUCCAACAACACGUCCGGCCUCGGGCAGCAUCAGAGCCAGCAGGUGGGAAGCACAGGUCACUCUCCAGAUUUGGCACCGCACUCCUCCAGUCCGCCGUCACUCCAGAGCCAAGUGGCCGGCCUCUCCCACCUCAAUUCCCCCGGCGCAGAGUACGGCUCGGCCCUGCAGUGUUCAGCCCUGUUAUACGGCAGGACGUGGUGACAAGAGGCGCCGGCUCUGAUUUCAACCAGUUCUUCUAUUUAAAGAAAAAAAAAAAGACAUUUUUUCUUCUUCUUCUUCUUCUUUCAAGACUCGACAAGUUUCACUGUAAAUGUUGCGCGUUUGAACAACAAGAGCCGGAUGAAGCUCGGCGAAGCUCCUCUUUGAGUUUUCUUCUGUUUUUUAAUUUUUAAUUAUUUUUUUUUUGGAAAAGGAAGUGUGACUUAUCCGGAGAUGAAGGAGAGAAAAAAACAACAACAACAAACAAAGAAAGAAACAUUUUUUAAAACCAGAAAAACUGCGGAUGUGAAAGUCUUGGAUUUAUUUAUGUAAAUUAUAUUGAGACAAAAGAAGAAUCAGCAGUUUAUUAUAGGCCAGGAAACAGGAAAGGCGCUAAAACUGCUGUAUAUGGGUGCUGUUUAAUCCCCCCCGCACACACACACACACACACACACACACACACACACACACCACUCUGAUUUAUAAUAGAAUUUAAUGUAAGCCGUAGAUCUAGCUUGUAUAUUUCUGUAAAAGGUUUGAAUUUUAGCUCUCUGUUGUACAAAGUUUUUGCCGGUUUGUUGUCGUUUCAUUGGUAUUUGUACGUUUAAUUUCUUUGUAACUUAUAUAGAUAUUUGACUUACUACAAAAAAAAACAGUCCUAAUAAAUUAUGGAAACAAG